AUGAAUUCAACUACCACGUCUGAUACGGAAGAAUCAUCAAAGCAAACAUAUUCAAAUGCUCCAUUGACAUCUAUUUCAUCUUUGACUGAUAGAUCUGCAGAAAGAGAUGAUCUUUUCCCUCUUCCAAAUGUUCCUGAAUACGGAAGUUCUCCAAUUCCAAUUUCAAGAUGGACAAAACCGACAUUUAUUGAAAGAAAUUUUGGAAAAAGAAAACCACAAAACUUUUACUUUAAUUUUACCCCCGAAUCUUUAACUCCUUUUGAAUUGAAUCUAGGGGAUUUACAUUAUAGAUGGGUUGAUGGCUUUUGGUUCAACUUAGGCACUGAUUAUGAAGCAGCGUGCGUUGAAAUGACAGAAAAAAGAAAGCAGGAAUAUAUUGAAGAGAAUGAACAACUUCGAGCAGAAAUUGAAAUAUUACUUGAUCUAAAUACAGAUUAUGAGAUGAAAAAGGCUCAUUUAAGAGAGAAAUUACAAGAUCUUGAAGAUCUCAUUCGUUCUUACCCAGGAGUUAUGGAUGAUAGUAGUGAUUGA